UCUCACCGCCGGGAGAACCCUCUCACUGUCUCCCUCAUUCUCAAUCGUAAAACCAUUUCAAAAAAAUUAGCAGAACGUUCCUCCGCCGUCGACGGCGGAGCUGUGCAGGAUGACAAGCUCAAAACAACACCCUAAGCUUCUGUCCAAACAACUCUCAUGGUCUCCGGACAUCCACCGCGACAUAGAAUGGCAGAAGCUUAAGAUCAAACAGCUACGUCGUUUCCGCCACCGCCGCUGCAAGAGCAUCGACGCUACUCCUGAAGUUGACGUCACUGAUGAUGAUUUGAAGGAGCUUAAAGCGUGCUUUGAUUUAGGUUUCGGUUUUGAUUUCUCUAGCGAUUUGGAUCCGAAACUCUCGCAAGCUUUUCCCGCUCUAGAAUUGUACGCCGCCGUUAACCGGCAGUACAAUCGCAGACUACUGUCAAGGUCUUCGUCGUUAAGUUCUGAUUCAUCUUCAACCUCAUCAACCCCCAUCUCCACAAUUAUCGAUCCAAGCGAUGAUCCGGAAAAGAUGAAGACGAAAUUGAAACAGUGGGCGCAAGUGGUUUCGUGUUCUGUUCAUGAAGCUUCUUCACAAUCACAAAUCACAACCAGUGACAAACAUAAUUAAGAGAUAGGAGAUUUAUAUAAGGUACAAUUCGGUAUAUCUUUUGUGCCUUUGUCAUAAGAAGAAUCGAAUGUACAUAAGUCUUAUCAGUUCAAAAAACCUCCAUUGAUGAAAAGAAGGAAUGGACAUCAGAUUCUAUCUAAUCCGAUAGAACAUUCCACCCAAAAGUUUUCAAUAAUCGAAUAAAUUAUGUACAAAAUGUUAACAUUGAAGUUGUCUAACUGAAAUAAUGAUUACUUCUUCUUCUU